AUGUUGGCCGACGAGAAAGUCGCCAGUGUUGAUCGUGUUGAGGAUGUCGAAAGACGGACAUCGGGCCAGAAGACCCCUCCUUCCGAUUAUGACGAUGAGUUCACCCCAGAAGAGCAGAAGAGAAUCAUUCGCCGAAUUGAUCUGCGUCUGGUCACCAUGACUGGCUUGGCCUACUGUGUCUCACUCAUGGAUCGAACCAAUUUGAGUGCAGCUGCUAUCGCGGGUCUCAAGAAGGAAUUGGCUCUGGAUGUUGGAGAUCGCUAUUCUAUUGUGGUUCUCAUGUUCUUCGUUCCAUAUAUUCUCUUCCAGCCGCCAAUGACGGUCAUCAUUCGCAAAGUUGGGCCCACAUUAUUCUUGGGCUCAAUUAUCAUGACAUGGGCCGCUGUGAUGAUUGGAACGGGGUUCGCGAAGAAUUGGGGCCAAUUGGUCGCACUACGAACGUUACUUGGUCUCUUGGAAGCCGGCUAUUUCCCAGGUUGCGUGUACCUCUUGUCCUGUUGGUACACUAGGUAUGACGUACAAAAGCGAUUCUCUGUCUUUUACCUCAUCGGCUGCGUUGCCUCUGCAGCGUCCGGUAUCCUCGCCUUUGGUCUGAUGCAACUAAACGGCACCCAUGGCUUGACUGGAUGGCGAUGGAUCUUUAUCCUCGAGGGUGUGAUUACCGGUGUGAUCGGCCUCAUGUGCUUCUUUUUCCUCGUUGACUUCCCCGACCGCGCUGCGAAAUCGUGGAGAUUUUUGAGCCAACGGGAGUGUGACUGGGUCGUGCGCCGAAUCAACAAUGAUCGUCAAGAUGGCGAGCUGGAAGCCUUCUCUGUCAAGAAGUUCUUGCGACCUGCGCUAGAUCUCAAAAUCUGGGGAUUUGCCAUGAUUUUCUUUUGCGUGACCACCGUCACCUACGCCAUCGCCUACUUCCUCCCUAUCAUCCUGAUGGAGGGUAUGAAAUUCGGCGUCGGCGCUGCUCAAUGCCUCGUCGCUCCCCCUUACGUGUUCGCAGGCUUUGUCAUGUACGGCACCGCCUGGUUCGCUGACAAGUACCGGGUUCGAGGCCCCGUCUUGGUUUUCAACUCCAUGCUGUGCAUCAUCGGUCUGCCCAUGAUGGGCUUUGCCCAGGGCAAUGCCGUUCGCUACGCCGGUGUCUUCUUCACCGUGGCCGGUGCCAAUGCCAACAUCCCGUCCUGCAUGGCUUACCAGGCCAACAAUGUGCGCGGUCAAUGGACGCGUGCGCUUUCCAGUGCGACUCUGGUGGGAUUCGGAGGUAUCGGCGGUAUUGCCAGCAGUUUGGUCUUCCGUCCUCAAGAUGCACCUGGCUAUCGACCCGGCAUGUAUGCCGCGAUUGUCUGCAAUAUCACGAUCAUGCUCAUUGUUGCCACCCUCAGUCUGUGGUUCCGCAUCUGCAAUCGGCAGGCUAACCAGGGCAAGCGCAUCAUCGAGGGCGAGGCCACUUUCCGCUAUACCAUUUAA